CCGCACGGGUUUUUGUCCUCAUUCCCAUUGCGCUACGGUUAUCGCUCCACCCUGAGACAGUCCACCUGUUGCCACUUUGCCCGUUCGUCAGCCGGAAACCUCACAAACCAUAUAGUCCUGGCUGCAUACGUGUGAUGAUACAUUUUUUGAUCGAUUCGGACAAAUUAUAGGUGGUAGAGAAAUGUGAUAACUUGUCGGUGGUCGUCAUGACAAGUACCACUACGACGACGCUACUGGCAAGCGGUGUUGCCUUCUUGUGUGCGCUGCUGGCCGUUUACGUGGGUAUGAAGAUACGGGAGCAAGGAGGUAGGACCGAUGCUGAAGUGAAGGCAGUGUUGGGCAUCGGCGGGGCAUUCCUGUUCAAGUCACUAGAUCUUGAUGACGAUGGAACGUUAGAUGCCAAGGAGUUUGCCGUCAUUUUAGAUCAGAUAAAUGGAAAAGUGUCGCUGACUAAGACAGAAGCGAGGACGUCUCAAGAAGAUGGGGAAUACCUGACUCUCGAGGCGCAUUUCGAACCCUUGGUCCCGUCAAGUAUCAGAGGAGCCAAAGGUGACUUGCCAUCAUUCAUGAAAAAUGAAUCGAUUUCCAAAGGCCUUCUUAACUGGCGAGAAACAGCCAAAGACAAGGCGAGUUUCAACACCUUGGACUUUGGAGGCUUCCUCCCAUCGAUACGGCAGAUAGACGUAGGCAAACCUUGGCACAUCUUCAAGCAGGAGAAGGAAACUUACUCCAGCAACCGUUACUUCCCGCCCAUUUUUGAGGGGAAUGAGGUCAUCAUCACCGAGCUACUCAAGAUGUUCCAUCCUCGACCAUUCACGACUACCAGGUUCAAACCCCAAGGAGCCUCUGCUGUCAUCAGGGCCAGAAAUGCCAAAUACAUGGAUGUUACUUUCAGAAUUCACGCCGAGUUCCAGUUGAACGAGCCCCCGAGUUGGCCUUUUUGGUUUACUCCCGCCCAGUUCAAGGGUAACUUCAUCAUGUCUCGCGACCGCAAACAUAUCGACUACUUCCACAUGUAUGUUCCCUCGGAUCGGAAACUCAAUGUCGAUAUGGAGUGGCUGACAGGCCCAAGUGAACAUGAGAAUAUGGAAGUCGAGAUUGGCUACAUGCCCCGGAUGGAACUGGAGUCUCUUUCUCCCUCUAUUAGUGAAGACAUCACUGUAGCCUCAAAGUCGCCUCCUCCUAUCAGAAAAUGGGACGAAGAGAUUGCUCAUGGAAAGGCCGAGAAUCUCUUGGAAAAGGCCAUGUAUCCAUUCAAACAGGUUGACUAUCACAAGUUUGGGGAUGCCUUCGCGGCCGCUAAGGAGUCCAACAAGCUCGUUCACUCUAUCGUGAUGUGGGGAGCUUUGGAUGAUCAGUCAUGCUGAGGUUCGGGGCGAACACUCCGGGAUGGCCCCCUGGAGAGUUCGCCCGUCGUGCAGCUCCUGCACAAGAACUUCAUCAGCACUUGGAAUCUGGUAUUAGACCUCGAGAACCUCCGAGCGUCUGACCAGGUCCAACCAGAGAUCAAACAGUUAGCUGACGAUGCUUUGAAUUCGUACACGUUUCCCGUCGAGAUCCAAAUGCACCUUCCUAACGGUACCAUCAUUGCUCACCACAACUUGAAUGAGGUCCUGUUCGGAGACCGAGCGAAUAUGGACAACGAGGACACUGAUUAUGGCGGUUAUGGCGAUCGUAUGACCUACAGAUACGUCCAAAUCUUGAAGGGAGGCAUCGAGGCCGCUGCCAAAUUUUCAGUCUAAGUCCUUCAUCCGUACAUUUCCAACAAACUCAUUAAAGUCAUUCAUCCAAAUCUGUUUCUCAUGACGAUAAGGAUCACAUGCCAAUUUCUGUCGUAACCUCGAGAUUGUUAACCCCUGAGAGGUUUAUUUCAAUAUCAAGACCCGAUACUAGAUAACAUUGGUCUCGUUUCGAGUGACAGUUGUCAAUUUCAAAAGUCCAGAUUUUCUUGACCUGUAAAAUCUUGCUUUGGGAGAGGUAAAGUUAGGCCCGUCGUUAGAAAGCUCGUUAGUACAUUUUGACAUAUCGUUUAGUGUACAUUAAUGUACGUAGGACGACGUGUUAAUGUUGGCAUAUCGUUUAGUGUACAUCGCCGUCCACAUGAUAUUGUACAUUAAUGUACAUAAAUGUAUAUUUAUGUACGUGCAUUAAUGUACAUGAAACGACAAGUGAACAUGAUCCUAUGAGACUCAUAACAUCAUGUUGAUGCACAUGUACUUGAAUAUUUAUCACAUCUUAUUUACGGCAUACGAAACUAAACAUGCUUUCUAACAACUGGUCCAUGUAUGUUUGUGACUACAGCAAUAUCUGUCCUGUCCUGCUAUCCUAGCCGAAGGUGACGAUCAUAUACAGAACCAAGUGUCAGGUUAGGGCCAAUCUGACACAUUCUGAUGGAUUCUCUCUUCUCGGUGUCACCGAUAGGGGUCACUUGGCAUGUUUGACUACCCUCUGAUGAUGACGUGGUGCGAAACCUAAGAGUACCUUGUUGGAUAGCUGGGGUAGUCAUACAUGUAAUGAGCUGGGAUGGCAAGGCAACACAUCUUAUCGCGAUUAAGAGAGUGCUAUAUUAUAUAUUAGAACAGAAGCGAAGAAUGUUAUACCGAAAUGAAUUCUUGGACUUUUGAGUUGCUGUGUUUUCUUUUGACAGGCACGUUAAUCCAAAUAAGAAGAAUCUGUGCCUGUCUAUAUAAGAUAUUCAAACACAUCACCCAACUUCUUGCAGGCUGAUACGAAUUUUGUUGAAUAUAAAACAAAAUCUGACCAUUUCUCUGCAUUUCUGUUCCAACUUACGUAUGAGAACAGCAGAAAAUGGGGGCUAUAUAAUACCUUUAUCUCCUCAUAAUGUUGACAGUCACCUUUAAAUAUACCGGCUGUGAAUAACCAUAAUACAUGUAAAUCACUUUUUAAACAUUACAUAGAACACUAUGAAAAUAGUGCGUAUCAAUAAAAUAUGUCAAACUAUGGUUC